CAAGACUUUUCGCAAUUUUCCCACCCUAAAACCCAUUUAGGAACAUAUUCUUUCUUCUCUUUAUUUUCAUAUAUUGUCUGGCCGGCAGCAAAGCUAAGUCGCGAGGUUUCCCUCCACAUUAGCCACCGUAAACCACCGAACCCGGACUGCCAAACACGCUGUCGCCGUCGGCACUGCCAUGCCGACUUUUACCAGCAUCGCUCUUGAGAACCUACUCGAACCGCGCCUUCGAGAUUCGCACAAAAAGCCUUUGGGCUCAGAGCAAAUCACGAUAACGCCGCGCGGCACCAACGGCGGGACUACUAAGGAGGAAGCCGGGUUAGAAGGGGCGGAGAAUACGAAGCAUCAAUCUCCGGGUCUGCAGAUAACAUCGGACCCUACACCGAUUCCCGAUGCAUCAUCUGGGUCCAUUUCGCCCUCUCCCUAUGUGGCCAAUCGGAAGAGGCGCAGCGGAGGGGAUAUAGCCAACCGGAAAAUAGACGAAUUUGAUGAUUCGGAAAGGAAGGAAGGUGAGAAAGGCGACGAACAGAAUGCAUCGACUUUCCAGGUUAGGGAUACUAUGGAAGCGGAAGCCAUGGAGGAUUUGGUAUUUGGUACUCCUGAGGUAAGCGCAGAUCGAAUCAAGGGGCUUGAGCUAAGGGAUGAAGUGUAUUUAAAUCCGAAGUGUGAUGUAUUACUUGUAGGAAGUGCGAAUGAGACGGUAGAACUCGAUUCCCAGAGCUUUGCAUCUACCCAAGGAGACUUUUUCGAUGCAAAUGAAGAGUUCUCUGAUGGGUCUGCUUCUAGUGUGUCAUCAUAUAUAGUUACCAUGGAAUCCGAAUUACAAACCACAAGGCUCCAGCUCCUUCAAGAAAUAGAAAAAAGAAAGGAUGCUGAAAAUACUCUUAAUAUGAUGAGCUGCCAGUGGCAACGGAUCAGCAACAUUCUAUCCGAGGCAGGAUUAAAGCUUCCUUCACCAUCAUCGGUCAUUGGUGGUAUGGAACCUGACCCAAACUCAAUUGAAGACAUAUUACAAGAAAUAAUUGUGGCUAGGUUCGUUUCUAAAGCUGUUGGAAAAGGUCAAGCGCGUGCUGAAGUUGAACUAGCUGCAGAGGCAAUCAUUGAAUCAAAGAACCAGGAAAUCUCUCGUUUAAGAGACAGGUUAAUGUAUUAUGAGACUGCUAACCGCGAAAUGUCCGAGAGGAAUCAGGAAAUCCUUGAUACUGCAAGGAAGCAACAUCAAAGGCAGAUGACUCAGCAGAAGUUAUGGAGCUGUGUAGGACUUUCAGCCGUAGUUGGCAUUUCAGUGGCUGCCUACUUUUACCUGUCACAACCAGGUCACCACCAACUCACAUCAAGCUCUGGACAUUCAACAGCAGGCGAUGUGUGACUCAGCUACUUGGAAUUAGAUUAGUGCAAGAGUUGUUCAGAUUUAUUCAGUCAACCUCAUCCUCCUGCUGCUGCUGCUGCUUUAUCACAGUUGGUAUAUUAAGUUGCUCACAACCAAUGAGGCAUGAUAUCAGUUUUGCGUGGCUAAUUGUUGAUGGUCUAAAGCUAUUAUAUUGCAUUGGUUAAGCCCAUUUGUUUUAGUUAUUAAGAUUGAGCGCGUAGAACGUAUACCAUCUCAACAAUGGAAUCUGUAUGGAUUACUGUUGUUAUAGAAAUUAACCUAUAUAAUUGUAAAAACAAUGUGAAAUUCCAAAAUACGAUUACUAUAUUUUUUACCAAAAUAGGACAGUAUUUUACUCCUAUUUAGGAGAAAAUAUUGUACUCAUAUUUUAGAAUUUUAUAUUGUUUUUACUUCUAUUUUGGGAAACUUCCCUUUUGCCCUUACAAAGUUUCUUACAUAGUGGCUUGAAUAAAAUUUAUUUUGUCUGGAUGCAAUAAACACUUGUAGUUUUUCAAUACUUCAAUGCGAUCCGUCAAUUUGUGAUUA